AAAACGUAGAACUAUCGCGUGUUAGCAGCCUCUUGUGCCAUCGUGGAACUCCCAUUUUCUCUCGUUUUAUCUUUUACUUCUUCUUCGUCCCCUCGGUCGUCUCCGUCGCCGAUCUCGUCACUUCAUUUACCGCGAGUUGAUUUGGUACAAAGCGUCGUCAAUCAAAUGGUUGGAGGAGGAGUUAUCCAGCAAAUUCUCAGGAGGAAGCUUCACUCCCAAUCAGUCGCAACUCCGGUCCUGUCGUGGUUUUCUUCUAAGAAAGCUCAUGUGGACGCUGGUUCUUCUGGCGUAAGAGCAUUUGCCCUCUUGGGUGCUGGUGUUACAGGGCUCUUGAGUUUUUCUACGGUAGCCUCUGCUGAUGAGGCCGAACAUGGACUUGCCUGUCCUGACUACCCUUGGCCUCAUGAUGGCAUUCUCAGCUCAUAUGACCAUGCUUCGAUCCGUCGUGGGCAUCAAGUUUAUCAGCAAGUCUGUGCAUCUUGCCAUUCAAUGUCUCUCAUCUCAUACCGUGAUUUGGUGGGUGUCGCUUACACAGAGGAAGAGGCAAAGGCAAUGGCAGCUGAAAUCGAGGUUGUUGAUGGGCCUAAUGAUGAGGGUGAGAUGUUCACCCGUCCUGGUAAACUCAGUGACCGCUUGCCUCAACCAUAUGCCAACGAAUCAGCUGCAAGGUUCGCUAAUGGUGGAGCGUAUCCUCCUGAUCUAAGUCUUAUCACUAAGGCACGUCACAACGGUCAGAACUACGUCUUUGCUCUUCUGACGGGUUACCGUGAUCCUCCUGCUGGCAUUUCGAUAAGAGAAGGGUUACACUACAAUCCUUACUUCCCUGGGGGAGCAAUUGCUAUGCCGAAAAUGCUUAAUGAUGAAGCUGUUGAGUAUGAAGAUGGUGUCCCCGCCACAGAGGCACAGAUGGGUAAAGACGUUGUGUCAUUCUUGUCUUGGGCAGCUGAACCAGAAAUGGAAGAGAGGAAGUUGAUGGGUUUCAAGUGGAUAUUCCUACUAUCUCUGGCUCUGCUCCAAGCAGCGUACUACAGGCGACUGAAAUGGUCUGUUCUCAAGUCCCGGAAGCUGGUUCUGGACGUGGUGAACUAAAGAAGCACCGCUUACUAUAAAGCUUUUGCAGUGGCUCCACACAGUCGUUUUUUCAACAAUGGAUGUUUUGAAAAAAAAGUAGAGCCUUUUCUCUGAGUGGUAAUAACGCAUCUCUAUUUUUCUGUGUCAUAAAAAUCUUUGAAGGUGGAAAGACCUAUCUUUCUUUUUUUGAGUAGAGAGUUUUAUGAGGAUAAUAACGAAAAAAGUUUGAUCCUCGUAAUCAGACAUGAUUUUAAGAUUACAUUUUGUUUUGCUUCCUCUCUCAAACUGCUACUGUUCAUCGUUCCGGUUUGUUUUCAAUAAAGAAUACAUCUUUGUACU